AGACCAACGACCACUUCAGAGAUUCGAAAGGAGGCGCAGUGAUCUGGGACAACUGAACACUGAUUCUGAACAGUCGACAGCAGCCUGCAGGGAACCAAGGAAGCAAGGACAACUUUUACAAGUCGAAGGAAGGCAAGAAAGCGAGCUGAAGUUGCGGUUCAGAUCUGUGUUCCUGCCUCGCUUUGCGCCUGUUCCGAAGACCAGCAGAGGGGAGCCAAGCAUGGCGAUGGCUGCUGCAAAGUCCGGUCUUUUUCAGCACAGUGGCACCUUUGCAAGUGCAGCAGGCAGGAACAUUGCAGAGCAGAGAAGGUUCGUGAGACCAACUAAAGCUGGGUAUGCAGGUGCCGUAGAUCAGUCGGUCCCUAGGAAAUUCUCAGCUGGGAGCUUUGCUGGUUUCAAGUUUGGGGUAACCAGGAGCAGAAGCAACGCACAACCAGCUAAGACGGGAGUCCGAUCAGCAUUGAUGCCCUGGACUUGGGAUCAGCAGCGUGCCGUUGAGGAAGAACCCUCCUACAUAGUGAUGUGGCCCACAGCUUUUAGCGAGGUCAUCUCUGCAGUCUCCGCACUCAAGCAGGGCACGACAGUGAUUCUGAAUCUCAACGGUGUCAAAGGGGUCGAUGAACAGCAGCGGUGCGUUGACUUUGUGGCGGGGGGUUGCCAUGCUUUGGAUGGGCACCAGGAGUAUCUGGCAGAGUGUGUCUUCCUGUUUGCUCCACCGGAGGUCAAAGUUGCCGCAAGCAUGGUUCGGGACUCCUCCGCAUAGGAGAGCUUUGGCGGCCAGACAUAGUGGCGCCAACGCGCCAAAGUUAUUUCAAGAAUGCGGAGUUUGAAACCUUGCCAAGCCCGCUUCUUGACUUCAAGGACAGUUUGUGCAAGAAAAGUUAGGCGAUGACAAUGCAAGGGCUGUUCAGUAGGAGGUCGUGUGCACAAGGGACGAGCUAGAUAGGAGUCUCGACUCGACCUCGUACAUGUAGAGCAGGGAUAAUCCUUUUCGAAGCUUUUCCUGAGCGAAUAGGGUCGAUCCCAGAAGCUAGGACGCUAGCACUGCCUCGGAUGUGCAUCCCGUUACAGCUAUAAAAUGUACAUAGUAGAACCAUAAGAAUCUAUAUCAAUCGCAAUUCAAUUUAGGCGCUAUACUCAAGCUCAACCAUUUCUGCUUGAAAGAUAUUUGAAACGUGGCUACAGUUGAAAAAGUGUAUGGCCCUCAGCCCUUUACUGAACGAAAAGCGCAAGUGCCUGGAUCCAACUGAGU